ACAUAUAUGAAAUACAAUUUUAAUGACAUGGCCGCUCACUAUAAAAGUACUUCCGACAAACUAAAUGUUAUUGACAGAAAAACCUUCGAAAAUAUAAAGCAGAACCAAGGUACUGAAAACGAUGAUCCCUUCUGUAAAUUAAAAAAUGCCAAAUUUCGGAAAAAAAGCGCUGUGAAAUGUGGUGGAGGUACAACCUUUAAUUUACUCCAUUUUCUUAUUAAAACUUCUAAGGAAAGAAAAAAGGAAACAAAGUUAAAAUACCGAACUGUUUGCAAAUUUGGAAAUCGUACGCAUAAAACCGGGAAGCAACGAGGAAAGACUAGAGAAGGUGGUAAAAGAAAAAAGUAUACCAAGUUGAAAAAAGCUAUAUUGAACUACAGGCAGCAGAAAAUACACAAUCAACAAAAACCUCAGUUAAAACCAGAAUUACUACAGGAAACUGUGCAUCUAAUUGAAUCUCUUUCUAUUGAUUCCAAAGAAAUAGAAAAAGAGCCAGUUAGUAACGAAUUGAAGCCUACACAAGAAUAUGUUAAAACCGCUCACUCGAGACGAUUCAGAAGUUAUUGCGACAAUUGCACAACUCUUCUAUUGAAAAAACUUACUGAGCAACUACUCCGCGAACUUGAUCGCUUUCAAAAACGUGCCGUCGCUCAAAAUGCAAUAAAGGCUCAUGCUCAUCGACGUUUCGUAGUAGGAUUUCGUGAAGCCAAUAACUUUUUACUUGUAAACAAAGUAAAAUUGAUAAUCAUUGCACCAGACUGUGAAAAAUGUGAUGGCGAAGACGGACUGGAUGAGAAGAUUUGCAAUAUUAAGAAGCAGUGCCAACAGCAGAAUAUUCCAUAUCUUUUCUCACUAAGGCGUCGUGAAUUGGCAUAUACAUUGUUUAAGAAAGCCCCGGUUGGCUGUGUCGCGGUGCUUGAUUUCGAUGGAGCACGUGAUAUAUUUCUAAAGUUGUUACAAGAGUUAGAAAUAGCAAGAAAAUCUUAUGAAGAUCUUGCAAUUGUACGAUCUGCUGAAAUAAAAUAAACAAAUCUAAAAACUUGGGACUAAAUAA